UCGCUGCUAGAAAACGUUAGGAAACCCCUGCUUUAAAGCAACCUUUUUUUCGCAGGUGGAAUGAAGUAUUUGACAUUUUGGCAGGCUGGGUGUAGGUAGUCUCAGACAGUCUUUGCUUGGUUAAAUCAACCUGAUUAUUCAAUUUCAUAGGAACAUUUAAGACAUGGCUUUGCAUAACUUUACAAAAGCCCAGAGGGAGGGACCUGGUGCCUCGAACUUUUAGCUCGUUGCCGCAUUUAGCGGGGAUUUGUGGAUGUGGGUCGUAAAGCGUAAAGGUUAGUAAAAAUUCUGGGGACCAUGGGGAGAAAAAAAAAAUCACACUGAGUUACGGAAUUGAUGGAAUGACGGAUAUAACAAAGCAUGACAGAGAAAAACGAUCAUAAAUGAUUAUAAAACACGCCACGGGACACAAACAGGAAAUAUUCCAGUCUCGUAUAACCAGCAAAGUUACAAAACUCCCUUCUUUUCUUCCCUCCAAACAUUUGCGCAGCAGCGCGUCACGUGACCUCAAGAAGUCCGUCCUCACCAGAAACUCUUCGUCAUCUUCAUCAUCCUCAAGCGUGGCCUGCAGCUGACAGCCAGACAGUCAUACGACGAUGGCCGCCAUGGAGAACUACAAACUCUUUCUGAUCACUUUGUUUUCCGCUGCGGUGCUGGGCGUCGUCUCCAUCAUAUUCGUACUGAGAUGGGUUCUGCACUUUAAAGAGGGUCUGGCUUGGGACGGAGGUUCGGCCGAGUUCAACUGGCACCCGGUGCUGAUCGUCUGCGGGUUUAUUGUCCUGCAGGGUCUGGCCAUCAUCGUGUACAGACUCCCAUGGAGCUGGCAGUACAGCAAGCUUACAAUGAAGUUCAUCCACGCAGGCUUGAACUUGGUGGCCUUCAUUUUUGCUGUUGUGUCGAUGGUGGCGGUUUUUGACUACCACAAUGCCGCCAAAAUCCCCAAUAUGUACAGCCUGCACAGCUGGCUGGGUCUGACAGCUGUGAUACUCUAUGGUGUGCAGCUUGUUUUAGGGUUUGGCAUGUACUUGAUACCUGUGACACCUGUAUCCUGGAGGGCGGCCUUCAUGCCUGUGCAUGUCUACAGUGGUCUUCUACUCUUUGCAUCCAUUAUAGCAGUGGCACUUAUGGGCAUCACUGAGAAACUUAUAUUUGCGCUGACCAACCCCAAGUACAAAGACUCUCCUCCGGAGGCAAUAUUUGUGAACGUUCUGGGAUUCCUUCUGGUCGUUUUCGGAGCGCUGAUCCUGUGGAUUGCCACUCGGCAGUCUUGGAAACGGCCCAGUGAGCAGAUCUUGCAUAGCUUGCAUUCCGAUCGGGCCGGUGAGGAGAGCACAAAAGUGGGUCCGGCUAUGUCUCAGCUCUCGGAGGAAAACGAUGCUGAAGCCACAGGGGAGCUCCGCAGGAGGAGUAAUCAUUAGAUGAUCUACAGUAUGUGUAAAAAAGUGAUUCAGAGCUGGGGCUCGGAUUGUCAGAUGAAUGUAUUGGUCAUAGAAAGUGCAGUUUUUCAUAUUUGAUAUAGUAGUACACAAUUCACACACAGUGUAUUGUACAAGUAAACACUGUGUCCUUCCUGCAUUUCUCUCUUUAAAAUACAAGAAAUACUUUAUGCUGUUGUUGUAUGUUGUUUUCUGCAUGGAAAACUAUCGUUAUUCUCUAUAAAAUGUGUUUUUGGUUCAUAUUAUUUCCUUGGUUUUUGUAAGUUUUGCUUUUCAUCUGACCUUUUGGAAAGAAUUACAGUAAUCCCUCGGCAGUUCGGGCUGUUCAUUUUGCAGCUUCACUCUAUAAUAAUUUUACCAAAAAUAUAGUAUAUUAAUAAACAGGGGUGUCACAAGACACUCAGAGACAAGACGGGACGAGAUUUUAACAUUACUUUUGAGAGAAUUACAAUGAAAAAAUAUAAAAAAUAUAUGACAAUUUAUUGCAAUCUACUAAUUUAAUUUCUACUACGUUACACUCUUCUGCACUCUGUGUGUAUGUUAGCGGCCACGCCUCCACCCACCGAGACUAAGAGACUGUAAUGACUGACAGACGGGCUCACUCCGUUCAUGCCGUUGUUUUAUGGGACAAUCUUGCCAAGGUGCUGAAACCAAUGCACAGAGUGUACACUCUUCCUGCCUGUUUGAAGGCGAGAGAUGACGAAAACAGACGCGCAUGCACAUGGCAAUAUAUUGAGGCUGGCAAAAUUAUGAAGUUCAUUUUCAUUUAUUGUGUGAUUAAUUAAUUCAUUUAUUAUCAUCCCAGGUCUACAGUCCCACAAGAGAGUUUUUUUCUGAAUGAAAAAUCUUGUCACGUUUUAAUCUUGCCAGAUCUUGUGACACCCCUAUUAAUAAAUUAUGCUGUUUUGUGGUUGACUACGGCUUAUUAUUGGUCUAAAAUAUGCUUGUUCAAGCAUUUUCUUUUGCCUAGUGUAAGUAUUUUCAAGCAUAAAAAUGGCUAAAUGAAGUAAAAUACAAAUAUAAAGUUACAUUGAUGACACAAUAGCUGCAUUGCGAAGUUUGUAAACAGGUUUUUUAUGAUUCAAAAUGAAAAGAUUCCAUUUAUAAAUAAGGAAUCCUACCUCCAAAUUCACACAACCAAUUAACCGCAAUAAACGAGGGAAUACUGUAAUGAUGAAUCUGUAAUGCUGCUGUACAAAAUAAGGUAUUUUUGCUAUAUUUUCGAGUGUUUGGAACGGAUUAAUUGGAUUGACUUGUUUUCCAUCGGUCUUCGUAAAUUUCAAGUUUCGCCGAACCUUUUGGAACGAAUCAGUAAUAAAAACCGUGGUUCCGCUGUAGUAAGACUACUAACUGUUCAUUUUCUGUAUUUUUUGUGCUCUGCCCGUUGUAUGCUUUUAUCUUUAUUUUAUUGUUCAAGUUUCAAGUGUUGUUCUUUCCCGUCUUUUAUAUGAGUGCCUUGUACUGUUCCGUAAGGC